GAAGAGUUGAUUCAAAGAGAAGACAAUACAAGACAUGAAACACAAGACAAUAGAGAGAAGACAAGCGCUGAAGAAGUGGUCGACUCUGAAGACAAUGAAUCAAAUGAUGGCAUCGAUUGUCAGAUUAGUAACGAAUCAAAUGAUGAAACAGUAGUCGGAAGUGAUGGCGAAGAUAUUGAGGACAACAAUGGUUUCAAUACAGACUUGAAUGAGAAAACUAAUGGCGAGGAGAAGGAGACCAGAGAUAAGACUCGAAGCGAAUCCAAAAGUGAUAUAAAACAAAGUUUAGCAAAAAAGUGGUCCAAAACUAAACCAAAACCCAAAUCAUUGAAAAACAAGAGAAUAAUUGAAACCAAAAACAGAUCCACAGAUAGAAAGACAGGCCUUAAGUCAGACACCGAUCGGAAACCGAAGAAAGUCUAUCGAAAUACACAAUACAAACGAAACUAUAUCUGUCAUCACAAGGACUGUCGCAAAGCUUAUAUAUCACUCAUUGUUCUUAAGAAACACUACCAGAGUUCCAAACAUUUAGACCACCGAUGGUUUUGCGAGUCUGAGGGCUGUUCACAACACUUCCCGUCCAAAAGUAAGCUCGAAGAGCACACCAAUGACGGCGAACACACGUCUCGACAGCCGUUCACGUGUUGGCACUACGGCUGCGACUUUGAGGCCAUAACACGUGAUGUGUUUGACAUUCACACCGACACCCACUCAUCCGAACAGUUGAUCCAAGCCUUGAAGCAAUCCGUUGAACCACAGUAUGUGUGCGAACACAACGGAUGCGGCAAACGGUUUGCCGAUAGAACCGCAUUAAAUGGACACAUGACUACACACUCGGGCGUCCGCUUCCACUGCGAAGAGGCCAACUGUUUGGCCACUUUUGCCUUCCCGUCGAGUCUUAGGAAACACACUCAACGCGUUCACCGGUCGGACUAUCAGUGUCCGCAGAAGGGCUGCAAUUUUAGCGCCGGAUCGAAGUGCGAGCUAUCGAGUCAUGUGAAGAGUCGACACACAGAGGCCCGUAAACAGUUCCAGUGCUCGGCCACCGGUUGUCCCAAACGGUUUACCGAACGAAAGGCGCUUAACGCACACCACAUGCGCGCACACCCGGACGCGGCGGCGACCGUACCGUGGCUCGAGUGUCUGCACGAGGACUGCGAGUUUAAGACCAAAUACGCGCCCGAUAUGGCCGGACACGAGGCCGUCUGUCAUACGAUGUCUAACACGUGCACCGAUUGUGGUAACAGUUUUGCCAACAAAUGUAUAUUUCAAAGACAUCUCAAGACACAUAACUGGGAGCUGAAAACGCCGUGCGAAUGGCCCGUUUGUGAUCGGAGGUUCCAAUCGGCUGGUGCUAUGAGAUUACAUAUGGAGGCCCAACACUCGGACUCAGGCCCCGCAUACCGGUGCCAAUGGCCCGGUUGUGACAAAACCUAUUCACUCUCCUUAUCACUGCAUAUGCACGAGAGACGAGUGCAUAAAGGAGUUGCUGAACAUCGGUGUCAUUGGCCCGGAUGUGACUAUAAGACCACUAAUCGGGUCCGACUUCAUAGUCAUAUCAAUGGCCACAAGGGUUUGAAGGCUUACCAGUGCUCUCAUCCGGGAUGUGAUUAUGAGAGCAAAAGAGGCCAUCAAAUAUUACACUUUAAAGAGAGGUUAAAAUGUCCGCAAACCGGUUGUCCGUACACUGCGGUCACCCGCGCGGCACUCUUUCAACACCGGAAGACACACCCGAAGCCAUACGCGUGCGACUCGUGUGGCCUAAAGUGCAGAAGCAAUACGUUAUUGCGGACACAUAAGCGCAGACAUAACGACGCGUUGAAAUUCCGGUGCGAAUGGCCAGAGUGUGGCCGACUCUUUGCCAUGAAAUCUGUCUUAAGAGAUCACAUGAACACACAUACGGCUACCGUUAAGCACACCUGUCAAUGGCCCGGUUGUGGACACACUUACACUAAUAUAAACUCUUUACAAAUGCAUGUGCAUAGAGUGCAUAAAGGACAACACGAGGGUUUGGAUGACUACCAGUGCUCUCAUACGGGAUGUGAUUAUAAGACAUCAAAAUGUGGUCAAAUGGACGCACAUAUGAAGACUCACACAAAAUCAUGA